GCAGAUAUGAGGGAGUUAAUUAAAGAAGAUAAAUUCUAUGUAAAAUUGUCACGACACGAAAAUCUUUCCUCUUCUGCGGUGCUUCCUGUCCUGUCCUCCCCUCCUUUUUUGUAUAAAUCAACAAAUAUCAAAUAAUCAAAAAUCCGGAUUGCAUGGAUAACAAGGAUGAGAAAAAUGCACCAUGGUUAUCGGUGCCACAAUUUGGGGAUUGGGAUCAGAAGGGACCAUUGCCAGACUAUUCUUUGGAUUUCUCAAAGAUCCGAGAGAACAGGAAACAGAAUAAGAGAGAGUUGUCUAGAACUAGCAUUGGUAAUGAAGAAGAGCUCGUUGCUUCCAACAAAGCUAAACUCGCUACAGCCCAACCAAGCGCUCCUCUGCAUCAUUACAGCCAGAACCAACAGUCCCCAAAUAACAGGAGAAGCUUGUUAAGUUGCUUCAAUUGCUGUGUGAAGGCAUGAUAGUUUUGUGAAGUAAAGCUUUACACUGUCUUUAAUUGACAAUUCCUGGGUACGUGUUGUGCUGUUUGUUCUUUUGCAAUGCUGUGUUAAUACAUGUAAUUUGUAAUGAACAUUUUGUGUGAUUCUUCGACUUUUGCAUGAUGUAAUGUAGAUAGAAUUAGAGGUGCUAUGGUCCAUAUAACUCUUGUUUUGAUCAAUUUGCUUCAACUGUGUGUUUUAUCUUUGGUUA